AUGGCGUAUGAUACUACGCUCCUCCGACCGCCUACUCAAGCUCCUCCACGUCCACCUCCAGCUCAGGUUCCUCAGUACCAGCCUCCUCCGCAAAGAGUUCCCCAGGUGUCUCCUCAACUUCCUCCUCCACCACAAAGGACACCACAGUACCAGCCUCCUCCACCACAAAAGGUACCACAGUACCAGCCUCAGCCUCCUCCACCUCCUCCACCACAAAAGGUACCACAGUACCAGCCUCUUCCACCUCCUCCACCACAAAAGGUACCGCAGUACCAGCCUCCUCCACCUCCUCCACCACAAAAGGUACCGCAGUACCAGCCUGUUCCACCUCCUCCACCACAAAAGGUACCACAGUACCAGCCUCCACCACAACAGACACCACAGUACAAGCCGCCUCCACCACAAAAGACACCACAGUACCAGCCGCCUCCCCCUCCUCCACCACAAAAGACACCACAGUACCAGACUCCUCCACGUCCUCCUCAACCACCACGUCCUCAGUACCCUAAGACGCCACAGUACCAGCCAGCACCUCCUCCACCACCAUCGUACCCUAAGACGCCACAGUACCAGCCAGCACCUCCUCCACCACCAUCGUACCCUAAGACGCCACAGUACCAGCCAGCACCUCCUCCACCACCAUCGUACCCUAAGACGCCACAGUACGAGCCUCUACCUCCUCCACCAACGUACCCUAAAACGCCACAGUACCAGCCUCCACGUCCACAAAAGCCUCGAUCAUUUCAAAGUGCUCAAACUCCUCAGGUUCCUGCACAACAGACCCCACAGCGGACCAGUCCCCCGAUUCUCCCUUCUCCUGACACCUGUGAUGUAACCGCAAGCGUUAGAGUCCCAUGUGGAGCUCCUGGUAUUUCAGGUGGUGAAUGUGAAGCCAUUAGCUGUUGCUUUGAUGGUCGGCAGUGCUACUUUGGAAGAACAGUGACAGUCCAGUGCACCAAGGACGCCCAGUUCAUUGUUGUAGUAGCUAGAGAUGUGACUCUACCCAGCAUUGACCUGGAGUCAAUCACACUCUUGGGACAAGGUCAGGGCUGUAUACAUGUUGACUCCAAUUCAGACUUUGCCAUCUACCAGUUUCCUGUUACUUCCUGUGGUUCCAUUGUCACGGAGGAGCCUGGUGUUAUAGUCUAUGAGAACAGGAUGACUUCGUCAUAUGAAGUGCUGGUUGGACCAUAUGGACCCAUUACCAGAGACAGCCACUAUGAUGUGCUUUUCCAGUGUAGAUACAUUGGCACCACUGUUGAAAGUCUGGUUAUAGAAGUCGCCCCAUCAGAUAAUCCUCCUCUACCAGUCGCUGCUCUGGGACCUAUUGCAGUAGUAAUGAGGUUGGCCAACGGUGUAUGCGGUACGAAGGGUUGCGAUCAAGUGGAAGCGGCAUUUACCUCCUACUAUACGGAUGCAGAGUUCCCUGUGACCAAACCACUGAGAGAUCCUGUGUAUGUGGAGAUUGAGCUUCUUGAGAUGACAGAUCCAAGUCUUGUCCUGACUUUGGGUCGCUGCUGGACAACAACAACCCCCAAUCCUCACGCCAUGCCCCAGUGGGACAUACUGGUGGACGGAUGUCCAUACAGGGAUGAUCGUUACUUGUCUGCUCUGAUUCCUGUCACUGGUGUCGAACUCCCAGGUCGCUUCAAACGCUUCCUUUUCAAAAUGUUUACCUUUGUGGAUCCUGCUUCAUUGGAGCCCCUGAGAGAAUAUGUGUACCUUCACUGCAGCACAGCUGUGUGCGCUAGUGCAUUAGGCCAGAGCUGUGAACCCUCAUGCUACAGGAAAAGUAAGAGAGCUGCAGAGAGCGCUAUCCAUGAUGUGGUCCUUAAAAAGCACGAACCGAAGGUUGUGGUUUCUUCUGGACCAGUGAUCAUGGUUGCCCCUGAGGAGUAAACACUGAGCUCGAGAAUAAGGCUGAAAACAUUUUGAAAAGUAUCUGGAAUAUUAACAUAGUAAAGUUGUUAGUUGUAUGAAAGAAAAAAAAGGUAAUGUACAAAUAGUCCCAAGAUACAUUCAAGAAAAGUUAGGUGGUGUAAAAGCCCAACUUGCAAAACGCUGUCAUUAUUAAAUUGCUGUGAAUAAAUACAUUGAAAGCUUA